CUGCGUGUCCACGUGUCCGAUGUAAAUGACAAUCGUCCGAUUCUCAGCGAUUUCACAGUGUUAAUCAAUCGAUACGAGUCAGAAGAAAGGAUCACCCAAAUUGGCAUCGUGCCAGCCUUCGAUCCCGAUCAAAAUGCAACUUUGGAAUACUGGAUGGAGGAUAAUCAGCUCGUCACUGUCGAGAAGUUCACCGGAAAAUUGAUCCUGAAAAAUCAGUGGAAACGUAAUCUUGACACUCAGUUCAAGACCUGUGUUUCAGACGGUCCGAAUACAGUAUGCGCCAAGUGUCGAUUCAUUCAUGUACACCUAACACAAGAUUCGCUACGUGAAGCUGUGACCGUGUUCCUGCCAAAAAUGUCCCUUGACGACUUCUGGGAUCCUACCGUGUUCAACAGAUUCAGGCAGUCUUUGGCAAGCCUUGACACCUGGGAGGAGCAGAACAUUUUCAUAGUGGGAGCUGAUCGACUCAGCGAAGGGGUAGAAGUCAGCUUGGUGGUCAGCGAUCGCGGCAGGAUUGUCAAAUCAUGGAAAGUCGAAGAUCUCCUCCGAUCUGAGGUACGACUUCUGGAGCGGACUUCACUGAUGAAAAUGGAGGUGAUUCGAGACGAGAGCUGUGCCCGUGAACCCUGCCCAUACUAUCAGAAAUGUCGUCAGACGCUGAAACACGUCAACGCCUUUGAUGUUUAUCAGACAGGACAGCUUCAUGGCGAGAACGCUGAAAAACGUUGGAAGACAUUUCUAUGUGAAUGUCCCGUUGGAUUUGCCAGUUCCGUCGAUCAGCCCGGACAAUGCGAUCUUCGCGUGGAUCAGUGCUACAGUAAUCCGUGUCGUAACAAUGCCACCUGUCACCCACUUGAAAACGGAUACAGAUGCGAAUGUAAGCCUGGUUGGAGAGGGGAUUCAUUAGGAGAAUCGAGAGCCCAGGAAGGGCCGUUGGUUCAUCGCGGAUAG